AUGAUGUACUCACCAAAUCUCGUUGCCGAGAACCAGGCUGCUCUGGACCACUUCAUCCAGCUCCCCGUAUCCCAGGACAUGAUCUCCUAUCUCGCCCAAAAGGCCACCCAAGUCAUUCGCUGCGAACCAUCCAUCAACAAGAACCUGCCGCCUACCCCACCUGCCUCGCCUCCCCAACAGGCCGCCGCCCAACCUCACGAGCCUGGUCUGCCAUCGCUGGAAGAGUUCAUCACCUCCCUGGUCGAGAGGUCUCACGUCCAGGUGCCCACGCUCAUGAGCUCUCUCGUCUACCUGAGCCGGCUGAGAUCUCGGCUGCCACCAGUCGCCAAGGGCAUGCCAUGCACCACCCACCGCAUCUUCCUCGCCUCGCUCAUCCUUGCAGCUAAGAAUCUCAACGACUCGUCUCCCAAGAACAAGCACUGGGCUCGCUACAGCGCUGUCGGUGGCUUCGACCACUUUGGCUUCUCCAUCACCGAGGUCAAUCUCAUGGAGAAGCAGCUACUUUUUCUCCUCGACUGGGAUCUUCGCAUCAACCCAGACGAUCUGUACUACCACCUUGAGCCCUUCCUAGCCCCCAUCCGUAUCUGGCAGGCGCGUCAAGUCGAAAAGGCCAGGCUUGCCGAGAGGGAAAAGGAGUUCGCUGCUCGCCGGGAGUAUCAGCUGGCUGCCGAGAACCUUUCCCGCUCCCGCCCAGAGAUCCUCCCCUACGAGUCCACUUCUUCCUUCGCUUCCUACGCCACCCGUCCUCCGAGGCAACAGCCCAGUUACUACACCAGCUCUUCACGCGCAGCAUCCCGCACACCCUCGCUAUCACCACCCACGCGCAGCUCCUCGGUCUCCACCACCUCGGACUCUCCCAUGAGCUUCACCGACGAGCCCACCGAGGCCAUCCUGCAGCGCUAUGACGCCGACCAGGGCGCCAACAUUGUAUAUAUCAACGGCCCCGUUGCCCAACCCAAACUGCAACACUCGCUCCCCCUGUAUGAAACUCCACCUCCCAAAAAGGCCAAAUCAGCCGGCUUCUUCAACAGAAUGUUUGGCCAGACGAGCGGCCCUUGUGCCGCUCGCCAGACUGGCUACUGA